AUUCCAACAUUGAACCAUGAACAUCCAACAAUUGCCGAUGUUAAAAAUGCGCGUGAAUGGUUGCUUUACCGACAGUGCUGCCACCAUCGGCAAAACCAGGAAACAAAAAAAUCGACGUCAAACAUGUCAGACACAUAAUGGCGGAGGUUGUGUUGUUUUUUACAGCCAGUCAGCCCCGGUAAUGAUUUUUCGUCAAAUUACGCUAUCAAACUCAAAGUAUGCGCGGUUAAUGAUAGAGUUUUAUUCAAACGUUGUCUAUUGACUUUAUAGCGUCGAGGUAUUUAAUAUACUAUAAUGAAAUUAAGUUUGGUGCUGUCGCGUUGGUUUUAUUGAAUUAGAGUGGUGGGUUGUGUUUGGGACGGUGCGGCGGUGCCAUGGGGGCCCAGCAAGCGAAGGAGCGCGGGACCUCGAGCGGGGCUUCGAUGCGUUCCGCGAGAUGCAAGCCCCGCGUGCCCAAGGACCCCCGCAUUCUUGGCUCGAACAUUUUCACUGAACACAGCGAAGCCCUGCUCCAGAGCCGGCCGCUGCCUCACAUCCCGGACCUACCGGACGGCGAGACCGCACCUGCCACCCCGCAGCCCCUCGACACCGCCAACAGAUGGACAUCCAAAGAGAAUCUCCUCGCUCACCACGAGGAGGACGAUCCGCAGCUGUUCGUCGCCCUCUACGACUUCCAAGCUGGCGGGGAGAACCAGCUCAGCCUGAAGAAAGGCGAACAAGUGCGCAUAAUGAGCUACAACGCCUCGGGCGAGUGGUGCGAGGCGCACACGCUGAGCGGCGCGCUGGGCUGGGUGCCGAGCAACUACGUGACGCCGGUGAACUCGCUCGAGAAGCACUCGUGGUACCACGGGCCCAUCUCACGGAACGCCGCCGAGUAUCUGCUCUCGUCGGGGAUCAAUGGCAGUUUCCUGGUCCGCGAGUCGGAGUCUAGUCCGGGCCAGAGGAGCAUAUCGCUGCGGUACGAGGGCCGAGUGUAUCACUACAGAAUCAACGAGGAUUCUGACGGAAAGGUGUACGUGACAUCGGAGUCCAAAUUCGGCACACUAGCCGAACUAGUCCACCACCACUCCGUCCUCGGAGACGGACUUAUCACCCAACUGCUCUACCCGGCACCCAAGCGGAACAAGCCCACCGUGUUUCCUCUCGCCCCGCCCGACCAGUGGGAGAUCGACCGCACCGAUAUCGUGAUGAAGCACAAACUAGGAGGUGGGCAGUAUGGCGACGUAUACGAGGCUGGUUGGAAGAAGUUUAACAUAACGGUCGCCGUGAAAACUCUAAAAGACGACACGAUGGCCCUUAAAGACUUCCUCGAAGAGGCUGCAAUUAUGAAAGAAAUGCGACACCGGAACCUAGUCAAACUCCUCGGCGUGUGCACAAGAGAACCACCCUUCUACAUCAUCACCGAGUUCAUGUCUCGGGGGAAUCUGCUGGAUUACUUGAGGAACGGCAACCGGCAGCAGAUCGACGCGGUGGUGCUCAUGUACAUGGCCACGCAGAUCGCCGAGGGCAUGAGCUAUUUGGAGAGCAGGAGCUUCAUACACAGGGACCUCGCAGCCCGCAACUGCCUAGUAGGCGAAAGCCACCUGGUCAAAGUGGCCGACUUCGGCCUCGCCCGUCUCAUGCGAGACGACACUUACACCGCCCACGCCGGCGCCAAGUUCCCCAUCAAAUGGACGGCGCCAGAAGGCCUGGCUUAUAAUACGUUCAGCACCAAAUCUGAUGUCUGGGCCUUCGGGAUUCUACUGUGGGAGAUAGCCACUUAUGGAAUGUCGCCAUACCCCGGAGUGGACUUGGCGGAUGUCUAUCAUAUGCUUGAGAAGGGCUACCGUAUGGAGUGUCCCCCCGGCUGCCCGCCGGCCGUGUACGAGCUCAUGCGUCGCUGCUGGCAGUGGAACGCCCCCGACCGCCCCACCUUCCACAAGAUCCACCACGACCUGGAGCACAUGUUCCAGGACAACAGCAUCACCGAGGAGGUGGAAAAGCAACUGCAAGAGGGCGGAGCCUCCACGGGCACUCCACAGAUGUCCCUAAAGAAGACCGGCGGUGAUGCGGCACGCGUUCAGAUGCGGCGGCCUACCAACCGGCGUGGCAAACAAGCACCAACUCCACCUAAGCGGACCAGUUUACUUUCGUCGUGCAGCUCGUUUCGCGAGUCGCAAUACAACACCGAGGAGCAGCAGGACGACGGGCUGGCGUCGCUCAACGGUACUGGUGGUCGAAAUGGGCGGGGGGCGCGGGCUCGGGAAGCGUCCUCCGAGGGGUCGCUCGCGGAAGCGACCCCCGACACUGACGAGAGCGGGGGCGCGGCGGCGGGGGGCGAGCACAGGCACCGCGCCAAGCGCCGGCACAACCAGCCCGAACAGAAGCAAGGCGUCCAAGUAGCGGCCCUAGAGGUCCAGAACGUGAAGCGGGCCAUCAACCGCUACGGGACCCUGCCCAAGGGCGCCCGCAUCGGCGCCUACCUCGAGUCCCUACGACAGUCAGGAGGCGCCGCGUCCGUCACCCGAGAACCCGAGGAAGCCCGAUCCUUGUCCCCUCGCACCCGAGCCCAACCACACAUGAUCCGCUCCAACUCCUCAGGAGGAGUCACCGCCCCUGCCCCUGCAUCCCCACGCUCAAACAGAGCCCCAUUACGAUCUUUUAAUAGCCCUGCGAAACCCCGCCCCCGUCUAGCAGAACUAGAAUUCCCUCCACCCCCACCAGAUCUUCCACCACCCCCAGAAGAAACACAACUCCCUCCACCCCCACCACCCGACGCCGAAGACGACCAAGAAGAAGAAAAAAGCCACAAGCAAACGAUGAAGGAAAUGCUUGAGCUCAAACUAGUAGCUGAAAUCAAAGAAAGAGCUGAUAAAAAGAAGCAUAAACUCAAAGACUCACCACCUCCUAAUGAUUUAGUCAUGCAGACUUCUUUCGGAGAUCCAGUGACCAGACUAGUCUCAGAGCUUUCUGAAAGCUUAAACAUGGAAGCGUUAAAGAAAUCUGAUAAAAAAGAGCAACCCAAAGAUAAAGAGACGGUAUCUCCUAUAGACCUCAAAGCGGGCUUAAGGAAAACCUCAUACAACAACGUUCAGAAGACUGAUGAGAAGCCGACGGACUUCAAAUCGCAACUCAAAAAGGUCGACAAGAAAGUCGCCGCCAAAGAGGAGGAAACGCGAUCGAUUAUAGACUUUAAAUCUCGCUUACGGAAGGUCGAUAGUUCAACGCCAGCUACGAACGGAACGAAAAAUUCCCCCGACCAGGAUUCAAAAAAGAGUGAUGAACGCAAAUCGGACUCGGGCUCUUUAGAGACAGAGGAAGAGGAUAAAAGAAGGAGCACAGGGAGCAUUAGUAGCUUGAAGAAAUUGUGGGAGAAUAAGGAGUCUGAUGAGAGAUUGAGUCCAAAGUUGAAGCCGAGGGGAGAUGACAGCGAGGAGACUUCUCCUGAAGAACGCACCAGCCAUAUAGGCAGGAGCGGUAGCGUCUGCAAGAGGGACGAGAAACCUGCAGUCCCGAGCAAGCCGGCAGUAAAGUGCCGCCCCCUAAAGGGUGGUAUCUACGCCACCCCCAUCAGCAGCGAGGAGGCGGAGGAGGACGCGCUCGCCAGGCUCCGGUCGUCCUUGGAGAGCUGCACUAAUGAUGUCCGUCGCGGCUGCACGGGCGGCGGGCGCGGCUCCCUCUGGCGCCUAACGACGUCCGAGCGGCUCGCGAGCCUCGGGGCGGCCUGCACCGCGGCCGCGGUCGCAGCCCCGCCGCAGCUGCGGGUGCAGCUGCGCGCCGCCGCCGCCAGAUUGGAGAGCGAGGCGCGAGCCCUAGCGUCGCCCGCGCCGCCCGCGCAUCACCUCGCCGAGGGCGUUGAGAAAGCCCUACGGGAGCUGCACGAUAUCGUUACUAGGUAAACAUCCUACGCUCCACUACGCCUUGGAAUCUUCGAGCACUGAGAUUUAACCCUUAGUGUAAUUAUACUCUUUCAGACUAUACCGAUAUAGUUUAAUACUAUGUAAGAACUAUUCCAGCUAUUUAUAUACAUCAUCUUACACAAAAUUUUACCUUAUGAACGCCAGGUGGUCAAGUGUUUGAGACGCCAUUAAAAACACACCAAGAUUUCAAGAUUGUGUUGGUAUGAACUGGAGUCUUUAAAUCUACUCAGUUUUCAGUUUUAGGGCGUCCGCUAGCUGGUGCGGUUGCACGUAGCGGGUGACCGGGUUCACGGAAAAUGGUAUGAGCGUUGCUAACUGGCGCGGACGCGGCGGAUUUUUCUACAAUGCCACCCGCGAUGUGCAUCCGCAUACGCUAGCGGACGCCCUUAGCAAGAGUAUUUUAGGCCGAUUUUUUAUUUAUUUGCCUAUUUUAUUCGUUAUUUUUCGAUAGAAUUACCUAUUCUGUACAAAAUGAGCGCAAUUUCACCGACUGUUAAAAAGAACAAAACAUUAUUCUGAGUUACGAAAACGUACGAUAUUUCGUAACUCAACGAAAAAUUACAUAUAUUUUUUAAGGACUAGUUUUGUGUUCGCAUUUAUUCCGUCCGGAAGGAGGAACGAAGGAUUCCGUUAUCAGUAGGGCUAAGAUGGUCUGUUUUUUGUCAUUUGUCACCAUGCCUGUCACGUUCUAACAAGUAUGUAAGUGCAAAAGUGACACAUGACAUGACAAGUGAUCAAAAUGCGACCGUGGUACACCGCAAAGUGCAAACAUAGAAAUAAUUUCUGAUUAUAAAUCACACUCCAAAGCUUAUGUUUCGUUUCUAAUAAGAUUAGAUUAACUACCCAUGGCUAUACAAAUGAUAAAUCCAAAAUUCGCCACUGGAAAUUGAACCUAUAGUGCAGGGAAUAGAGUUUGAAAAUUGAUCGAAACAAAACAAUUGCAAACUCUGUUCCAAUUUAAAAUGACUUAAAUUUCAUCGAACCGAAUAAGUACUAUAGAUAGGCCCUUAGGCCUCGAGAGUUUAAUAUUAUCUUUCGGAAUUUGUUCUUCAUAAAGAACUCAGGGUAUUCCUGAAUUUGUGUCUUGGCCAUUACCAACCAAAAGGGUACUUAUUAUCGGUUGUCGGUAAAGCUUCAAUUUUAAAUGGAACGGACAAUGUGGUACCUUUUAGUUGAAAACGUCACCGUUGAGUCUAAAAAGUGGACUGUAAAGACUCGGUUCUACCAACACUACAUAUUUUAUAUAAGUGCUUUAACAUUUGUGAAAUGGUAUCUAACAUAAUGGUGCGUAUACAUCAGCGUGAAAAAGGUUAAGGCAUAGGAAUGUUUUGCAUUAUACUUGUUUAGAUUUCGGCCUGUAUUUAAAUUUGAUCUCAAAUAUAAAAAUAAAAGGAAGACAUUACACUUAACGUCUCAUUGCCCACUAAUAGUCCUUUGAAUUUGAAAUCAAUAGUGAAGGAAAUAUGAUUGUUUUUUUUUGUUUUGAUAUCGAACGAAACAAAAGAAAUUCAAUGUUUUCGAAAUUGAAAUUGGUUCAAGUUGCAUUGAAGUAAUUAAUUCUAUAGGUAGGACAGUGGGCCUUACGAAUUUAAUAUCAUUUAAUAUCAUGCAUAAAUAAUAAUUUAAUUAUUGUUAUUUGUGACGCAUUUUGUGUCAUUGCGUAUAAUACAAGUAUGAUUGGAAUUUGUGUUAUUUUAUAUUUAAAAAAAAAACAGGUAUUAUAUACUAGUAUUCCUUCACUGAAAAAAGUAUUCAUAUCAUUGUUCAUUAUAUUUAUUUAUAUUAUUGUGUGAAACAAAACAUUUCUACAGACGCAUUCCUACAGUUAUCGAGCAAAGACUGAAACUGACAUUUACAUUCUGUCUAAGUUGUGACAAUAGCAAUAAGGCUGACUUUCCAUUGAGGCGGGCCGGAAUCAACCAAUAGUGGUAAUCCAGCGUGUCUCAUCUCAGCCUCAGUGGAGAGUCAUCCUAAGGUGCCAGGUAUGUCGGUAAAUGUGCUCGUAGAAAAAAGUUUAGAGCCCGUUUACACAUUUUAUUUCUAGUGCAAGAUCAUACAUUUGCUAAUAAACGCAAUGCCAAAAUCAUGAACGCGCACUAAAACAAUGUGUAUACAGGUCAUUUUUAUUUUUAUUUCGAUUUUUUUCGUCAGUAUUUGAUAAAAUUUGGAGUUCCUUAUGCUGUACAAUAUAAGCGCUAUUUCACCGUAUGUUUAACUGUUUAAGUACGGUGAUAUUGCGUUUUCUAGGGAAAACUUUUUCUGAGUGACGAUAAGGUAUGGAAUUUUCGUAACUCAACGACGACAAUACAUGGGCAAGCUAUUUAAAGUUAUACAGAUUUUCUUUUGUGUUGGAAUUGGGAAUUUUCAUGUUAUUUCUACUCAGGAACACAAGCUUUUUCUAUUUUUACUAAGAAAGUGUCCUCAAUAUGUUUUGGCGAUCGAAAGAAAAAAAAAUGCAGGAUAAAUUUUCAUACAUUAGUUAAUCAAUUAUCACAUUAUCUUUCGUAAAAUAUUUUUUCAUUUUCAUUUUCAAAAUACGAUAUUAAUCCAUGAAGUUGUACCUAAAGUGGAGGGCGCUCACACUUUUUUUGCCAUACGAAAUUGAACCUUAUCCCCGAGCUAGAAAGGUGUUGGUACCAAACUAGAGAAAAUGUACUAAAAGGUAUACAUUCGUGACAUUCACACAUUGAAUCCUUCCGCCAUUGCAGUGUCACAGCUGGUCGUCAGUUGCGCGGCCUCUGUCAAAUUGUUCCUCUAUGGCGGACACUUGUGUUUUCGUAUUAGGGUCGAAAAAGCUUGGGAUUCAGAGUGGAAAUAAUAUAAAAAUUCUAAUAUCUAAAAUGCGUUACAAAAUAUAAAAUACAACUUUAUUAUUACUUUUUUUUCGUGACAAUUUGUAAUUUCGUAUUUAUGCCGUCCAGUAGGGCUAAGAUGGUCGGCUCUUUAUCAUUUGCCACUAUGCCUGUCACGUUCUAUUAAAUAUGUAAGUGCGAAAGUGACAAGCAUAGUGACAAGUGAUAUAAGUGGAACCAUGCCACCGCUGAGCUCUUCCAACCAGCCAAAUUUUAUCCAAAUCUAACGAAAAAAAAUCGAUAGAAAUAAGUAGUUUUCUUCCAUAUUCGUGCGAGAGUGACAGUUGCCAACAUGCCAAUCGUUCGCCACGGAGCGUAAACGAUUGGCAUGUUGGCUACACGGGCUGUUGUUAUUGUCAUGGCAGAUGGCGUGUCUACGAUUAUUCUGUUUCGAUGCACUUGCGAGAUAGUACAAAAUGUUACAAACAAGUUAGUGUCUAUAGUGUUUACAUUAAGACAAUGCUGCGUAGAUGCUCAUCAAAAUUAAGUCAUUCACUGUAUUUACAUCUAACAUGGGCAACGGAAAAGAGUGUAGUGUUAUUUUUUAUCGAAAAAACGGAAAAUAUUGAGUUAAUUUAAUAAUUAUAGCUUCACAUCUAAGUGAAAGGCCUGGGUGGACGCUCGAGUUGGGCGUGCAGCGGGGCGUGCGGCGUGCAUAUUAAACAAAUGCAAACGUAUUGGAGCGGCCUUAGUGCACGCUGCUCACAUCACUCGUGAGCCCGACGCCACGCUGCACGCCUCGCCGAACGCUCCGCUACGAGCGUCCACUCAGGCCUGACACUCAUAGAAGGGUCAUUCUCAAGCCGCAAUAAAAAAAAUUGUAACAUACAGUAGGCGCUCGGUAUUCCGGCAAUUAGUGACUCAGGUGACAAGCUCUAUAAUCCGACAGUUUACACAGCCGAACGCCGGAUUACAAAGGUUGCAUUGAAUAAGUAAUUUAUUUUCUAUAUAUAUAUAUUUUCUAUAUACAACUUUUAUUUCCCAUACAAAUCCAAUAAUAAAUAAAAUAAAUAUUGUACAUCCGGUAUGUAUCUUUACCAACCACGUUGACUUUUUUUUAUUAAAUUUUUUUAGUUGAAUCAACUCAAAAUUUUCCAUGUUUAUGAAAAUAAGCAAACAAUGCACGCUUUUCUGGAUCGUUAUGAAAGAAACAUUAGAUUAAGUUUAAGUCCGUUUUAUAUGAAUUUGAAGUGUUUGGGUAUAUUUUUCCAAGUAUACUGAAAUACUAUACAAUAAAACUUAGAAAACUUGUUUAACUUACAACAAUUAUAUUAUCGUGACCAAAAAAACGAGAAUAUCAGCUUAAUUUUAAUAUUUAUUUACUAAAAAAUUGACCAACUUUGAUUAUUAUUUUUUAUUUAAACAAUGAUAUUAUAUAACUAUAGAUAGGUUGUACUCACACAUAAGGAGCAUAUAAAAUACUUCCAUAUUUAUUUCAUUCCGUCAUUAAAUGUACCGUACAUUUUAAACUUAUAUUAGGUUCGCCUUACCUUAAUCUAAAUUAUAUAAUGUGUCUUUCGGUGUACGCGAGCUCGUCAGCACGUGCACAAUUCUUGCUUGCCCAGGCGUGACUAAAGGCAACUUGUACAAGGUAAGCGCUUCCAUUUUGGAACGCCUGUAACCUAUCUGGAGUUAUAAUGUCAUUGUAUUUAAAUAAAUUAUUUAGGCUUUUCACAAAAUAAAAAUUGUUGGUGUCACUUGAAAAAUACUUAUAAAACGGGCUUAUACGGGAUCUGAUACUGGUACUGAAAAGGUCUAUUCAUUUAUAAAUUAACGAAUGGACAGUAAUAUUUUACCUCAAGUUUAAACAGGUGAAAAAAAAAAUUAGGACGUCCGCUCGCUGGCGCGGGUUGCACGGAGCGGGUGAGCCGCGUUCGACGGAUUUUACUUACAAUGGCACCCGCGUGCGUGCGCCCGCGAAGUGCACCCGCACCAGCUAGCGGACGCCCUUAAAAUGACGAUAAGAAAAUAAAUAUAUCAUGUAGUAACUAUAAAAUUGGUGCCUUAUUAAUAAGUGAAUAGACCUCAGUAUCAUUCAUAAUAUUAAAUAUCGUCUGCAUAUAAAAUAAUUGCAACAGUUCCCAGUUCAUCAAUAGAAUUAUGUAAAAAUAUAAUAUGAUUUGAUAAAAAGGGAAAUAAUUUACCGAUGCAGAUGAUUUUUAAUUAAAUAUAUCGUUCAUUUUUCAGAGUACAAGUAUUAUGACGAUCAUGUCGGCCAUAUAUCGCUAUCUCUUUCAUGCAUCGCGAAACGUAGUAGGUAAAAUAUGUUGAUCCACAGUCUGUCAGGUUAGGUCAAGAAUGGGGAAAAAUGUUUUUUUUUUUUUUACGAGUAUUUUUCACAAAAAGUUACCAAGUGAGAAAUAAAUUAAAUUGAAACGAAAUUAUAAUAAUCAUGAUAUGUAAAAUACACCAUAAUUAUUUUACGUGUAUUUUUGCAUAAAAUAUAUCAGUCUAUUAUGACAUGGUUUUUAUAAUAUUUUAUUUAGUAUUAUCAAUUUCACAUAUAAGUUGCCCGAUAUAUAAUGUCAGGUUUUUUUUAAAGCGUAUUGCGUAGUAAUCAUAUUAUUCAUUUACGGACAGAGUGGAUCGACUUAAAUUCUAAGUUACCUUUUGUGAAAUCCGACAUAGCUUAGCUCCACCCUGUACAUAUCGAUUUUGAAAACACCAACAUUUAUAUCCCUACUGUUAUUUGGAAAGACUAUUACUAAAAUAUUGCUUAUUUUGCAUUAGGAUUUAAUUUUGUUUUUGACGCUUGACGCCACGUCUAACGUAGCUAAAUAUUUGUCGACGCUUCUAGCGUCAGUAAUGUCACUAUCGAGCGAUUUCGCUUUUCCUUCAGGGCGUUCAAGUCAUUGCGUUAGGGUUAAAGCGUACCUACGUAUUUUUGAAACAAAAGUUUAUUUUUAAAUUGCAUCACUAUUUCGAUUAAAAUAUCUCGCAUAAAAUACUAUUUUAGGUAAUCAUCAUUAUCAUUAUAUCAACACCGAAAAAAUAUGACAUUGAAUUACCACUUUUCUUGUAAUGCGUAGGAACAUUAUAAAAGGAUCCGUAAUGAUGUGUGAGAUACGUUUUUCCGCUAUGAUGUAAAUGUACACUCGCGAUUUUAAGGCCAAAUGUGCCCAGGACCUUCUUUAAAGCGAAAUUUGUCACCGUCUAUUUUCAUUAUUUUCACAAAUUUUUAAAUCAAACUGAAAAUACCAUUAACGGCCUGCGCGUAUCUCGUCUUAAUUAAUCAGCGUUUACAAGCCCCUAAGGGCCACUUGCGCCAUCCAGGGUUAGUUACUAACUCUGGAAUAACCCGUUAAACCCGGAGUUAUCAGUACAAUUUAACCCUGUGUGUUAACGGUUAAAUCCGAAUUCGUGGCUAACCUGGGAUGAUGCAAGUAGCCCUAAUACAUAUAUACAGAAGUAUGUAUAUGUACAUUCGCCCAUAGGCUGCUGUUUAAUAUAUAAUAAGGCGGCUAUAAUAAGGCUUGUUUGUCGUGGUAUAAAAAAAAAAAUCUACAAUUUACCUUUCAUAGGUAAGUGUGUGGUGGUCAAAAAUCUUCCGGUCAAGCUUCGGUUGUGCUGUUAAUACCUAGCAUAAAAAACGUUCUCGAAUAAAAUUCAAAAUGGUGACUAAUAGUAAAAAAGAGGUUAAAAUCAAAAUACAACAUGCAACUUCACGUGUUCCUAAAAAAAAGUUCAAAAUAGUCUUUCUAAAUGAGACCAGAAGUGUUCAGAAUCGAUAUAAGUGUAUGUAAGGGUUUUAUAAGGUAUUAUUAAGACUGAACAUGAAUUCGCCAAUGAAAUACGAUCGUUGGUUCGUGUAACUGGGAUCAGGCGGGGUAAGGAUGGCAAAAAUAUCUUAGCAUUAACGCCUUCAUAAAUAUCUUGAGGCCCGAAUACAGUCAGUGUCGAGGUAUUUUUGAGUGCAGUUACAAAGUAUUUUAAAGAAAUUUUUCCACCAACUACCAGUGACGUGCUAUGAUGAUUACUAUUUUGUAAUAUACGUUUGGUCUGGAUAUAGAAAGUUACACAAAUCUGCGUUUUAAGUUGGUAAAGGUUUUUAUUCAAAAUGAUACUAUACUAAUGUCAUACAGUAUACAGUUAAUAUGUACAAAAACUAAUAAAUAUUUACUUUAGUACUAUAAAGAACGUGUCAGAACCUAAAGGGCAGUACAGGAGACUCGUAUUUAAAAGCGUGGUGCGUCAACAUCAAUGACUGACUGUACAGUCACGUCUGAAAUUAUCGAUACGGACAAAGUACCAAAAUUAUGUGUACACCACCUUAGGAUAUGGGCAAUAAGCUCGUGUAUAUAUAUUUUUGGCACGUUGUCCGUAUCGAUAUUUUCAGACGUGACUGUAAUAUCUCAGGUGCUCAUAGUAUCAUUUUAAGUUGAAAGUAGAUACUUGUCAUGGUUGCAGGCAUCUUGGGAUCUUUUCGCUUUAACUGAGAGUUACUGAGGCGAAGUGAUUCAAAUCAAAGUUAAAUAUGACAAGGUCCCAAUUGUCCACGGUAAUAGAAACCGGAUUGUGAGAUUGGCGGAAAGCCUAAAUAAAAUAGAUCAAAAAAUAAGAAAUUAAUAUAAAUAAGUGAAAUUUUUAUUAUUAAGUUACUAUUAAAUUAAUCCACAUGAUUUCCGACCGUAUUGCGUAGUUUAUAGAGUUUGUUUUUCAGUGCCAAAUAGUAUGUUUAAACAGAUAAUUUAGUGGAGCUGCUCAUUUCAACUGGAGGUAUUACUAGACAAUUAAAUAUGAAUAUUCCUAUGAAAAUCCUGGCGUAGCUAUUGAUUUUGCCAUGGUAUCUGGUUGACGCUAAUCGCAGCAAACGGCGUCAAAUUGUAAGGGAAAACAAAUAGCUAUCUCGUUGUCGCCGUACGUAGCGUGCAGCGUUAGCCAGAGACUAAGGCAUACGUCUAGGAAUUCUGUUAAGUGAUGGGAAAAUUCCUAAUUACGAUCAUUUCGGAUUAGGCUAUUAAUCUAGGAAUAUUCUUACUAACACUAACGAUAUCUUCAGUUUUUCUUCACACGACUGUAUCGCGAAAACGUCAAAGUAUUUAUUACAUAUUGUGUGUACUUUGCAGUUUGUAAGCGACAAUUUAAAUACUCGGCACUCGUCCUAAUGGACACGUAUAAAUAUAUAGUUAGUUGUAGAUAUAUUAGUUUUACAUAUAUCGGAAUUGAAUCAUGCCCGAUUAUUAUUUAAAUAUAAUGUAUAUAAUGUUUGGUAUAAAAUGAAUGGUAUUUAAUGCAUGUUCCCGUUGGGCAUGAUUGUAUGUACAUUCGACCGUAUAUCCUAUCCGUUGGUUGGUCUUCCUAUUUACUUCCAACUUCUACUUAAUUACUAAGUCACGGUAUAGCCUUUGCUUUAAAUCCUGGCACUACCACAAUUGUGUACCGGACGGAGUAAGACCUCGGCCGCGAGAAACGCUUGAGCGUAUACAAAAGUAUGAGCGUCGAGCGUAAUCGCUCAGAGCGUUUUCAUUUCGUAGCCCUCGGGCUGAGGUUAGGCAAAUUGCUGUUGCAUCAAAUCCAAUUUUACGUGUAUCAUAUGACAGUUGCAGUUGAUGCAAUAUGCAUUUGCGAUUUGCAGUCGAAGAUAAAAAUGUAUUCACUAUCAUCUUUCCAAAAGUAUCGUGAUAAUGUAUUUUGAAGUUGUAUUUCCUAUAACAACGUAUUCCAAUGUCGUUAUUCCAAAUUGUUUUUGGUGAUUGUGAAAAAUGUGUUCCUUUUACUUGUCUCUACAAAAUUUCUAAUAUAACAAAAAAAGGUUUCCGCUUGUGCACGAAAGAUUUAGAUCAGUUUUUUUUCUGAUCCGUGUAAAAUGUAUGGGUCAAAAUAAUUUUCGGGAUCUUGAUUGUGACCACUCUGUCACGCUUGUAUAUUUGUCUUAUCAAAUAAAUAAAAAUAGUCGAGUGCUAUUGCAUGUCCUUCUAGCUGUAGAUUAUAUUUUACACGGGAAAAUUAAAAACUAAAUUUCAUCCCAUACAAAAAGCUCCACACCGUCAUAUUUGUUGGGGACAUAAGACAACGAACAACAAGCUUUUAUUUAACUUGCCCUGCUAGUAUGUUAGUUAGUGUGGGUGGAAGCUAAAUUUGACCCACUUCCCGAUUUCCGAUUGAGCUGAAAGUUUGCAUACAGUCGGGUGACAAUGCUAUAAUAUAGUACCAUCGAGCUGAUCUGAUGAUGGAGACAUGAUGCCAUAGGAAAUCUGUGAUGAAACAGGUCCACCUAAUGGUGCUUGGGGUGUUUAGAAUUGUCUCGAUGAGUAUGUGGUAAACAGGCCAGUCAGCGAUAAAAGCUUGUACCAAAAGUACUUUUGCCAAAAACUUAUUGUAUUAUUUCAAAUUUUAGAAACAACAUGAAAUAUUGUAGGUAACGUUUCGAAGUAAAGGGUACACGUUUUUUUCUGAAACCCGCCAUAUUCCCAAUUAUUUGGAUCUCGCGUCAGCUCCUCAAAAUUGUUUGAUCACUAACACAACCUCCCGCCAUUGAAAAUCUAGCAACCGUUAAACUACACCCAAGAGCCAUUGAAACGGAUCACUAUGUACAAACAUUUCCUUACGCAGUGAUCAGUGUUCAUAUUGAAUUGUGAAAUAACCUUACUCACUGUUUACAGAAAAACUAGUUUUGUACCAAACUGACGCUUGGCUUUUCUUUCACCUAUGGGCUGACGUAAAAGUUAAAUGUUAUGUAAGCGCUUGGCCGUUUCAACUCUGAUUUCUAUCAAAUAAACUAUCUAUUUCAAUUGAGACAAAACUAUUAUUAAUAUGCUUAAAAGUCCUAUUAUUUAAAUUCUAAAUUCCCUCGAGAAGUUUCAGGGAGAGCCACCACACUGUACACAAUGGUUACAUACGAAAUGGUUUUGCUGUCAGUUUGAAUGUGCAGUCGCAAUCACAUAUAUCGGAGCGGCCAAGGUGCUCACAAAGAUCCGAACACGCCUCUAUUGUCAAGGCGUCAGACAUUUUUGAGCACCUCUAUCGCUCCGAUGUAUCUGAUGGCGACUGCAAGUGCGUAUUAAUUCAGUAUAGUAAUUAUAGUAUUAAGACAUUAACAUAUGUCGAGGCCACGAACCAGAGUUGAAGCGGAAGCGAUAUUUUGGACUGUUCAGCAUUUAAGACUGUAUCGGAAUUUUAGUUGAGGCCUACGCUUUGGUCAGUCAUGUCUGAAAACAUCGACACGAUCGAAGUGCCAAAAUAUAUGUAUACACGACCUUAUGGCCCAUAUUAUAUUAGGGUAGUGUAUACAUAUUUUUGGCACUUUGUCCGUAUCGAUAUUUUCGGACGUGACCGUUGUAUCUUUUAGUGAGUACUGUGAUAAGGCAACUAACUCAUUGGACUUGUGCUCAAUAUGAUUUCAUUAUUUUCCACGUGUGUAAUCUAUAUCUAGGCUAAAGAAUACUAUACGAACCACUUAUGUAUGAAAAAUGUUAUUUAAGUAUAACUGAUGUAUGCUAGUCUUUAAAAUAAAUACCUAAAUUUGGUUAUAAGAAUAAAUAUAUACGUAAGUUCCCUUAUUAUAGAGUAAUUUCGAAAUAUUUUAGUAACUUAAAUUAGGUUUUGUAUUUACCGGUAGAGGGCGGUCGUAGCCUAUAAACGACUCGCUCGGUGUAGCGGCGCCACUGUGCUCACUCCCGCUCCCAUGUGUUGCUAUCUCUUUCGCCCCUACUAUGAAUUUGUAAGUGUGAAAGAGAAGUGUGUAUGACUGACCGACUGACUACCAUCAAAAUAAUUACUAGAAAAAAAUUGCUCGAUCAUUAAACAUUGUGCAACGAUUUUUCGAGUAGAUUUUAGUGUAAUUUAAUAUAUUUUGGAAUUUUUAUUUAUUUAUAGAAAUAGAAAUAAACCAUUAAAAAUUCGCAAUAAAAAACAAUUGCUUUAAUGGAUAAAUUAAAUCCUUUUUUUUUUGAUUGCGUGCUCUUCUUUACUUAAGAUUUUUUAUUGAAAAAAAAUAAAAAAAUCUACUUAUAAAAAAAUAAUUACAUUUACUCUUAUCUGCAAUUUGAACAUCUCCUACAUUGACCUGCUUCUGCCUUGGCAUCAGAGAUGACCCUACUUGCUGCGUAUAGCGUCACUUUGUACGUUAAGACAACGUAUAGACCAUGACGCAUGUAGCGUCAAGCGUCAAUAAUAGACAAAGACGUUCCUGUAGAGCCAAUUGGCGCAGUGGCGCCGCCCCGCGGCGCACUCUGAAAACAGCUCAGAAGGCGCGGGGUGCUCAAAAGAGAAACGAAUUUAGAUACAAACUACAGGGGAAAAGUUGGGGCGCUUUAGACAAACUAAAUCUGUAUGGAAAAAAACUGUGGGUAUAAAUUAUAGAAAAAUAUUUAAGUGCAAUGGUUUUUGCGGUGGGUUCUAUUUACUCCAAACCCCUAAACAGUAAUGUGUUUUUAAUCUUUGUUUCAUUAUUAUAAUCUAGAAAAGUAAGUGACAAAAUGGUUGUUUAUUAUUGUGACUAUUACCUAAAACACGCUCUUAGCAAAUACGCUGCACGAUGACGCUGGCAACGUCUACUGCGACCCAAUUGUAAAAAACAAAUGUAUGGCAAUCCAAUGACCGGCUUCCGCGUCGAGCGAAUUCGUUACUGUUACGGCAAAACAGCGUAUCUAGAUAGGAAAUAUGUAACAAGAUACAGAUACUGAAUAAUCCCUUUAUGUUUUUCCGGAAACGUUCGUAUUUAUCAUGCUACUUCAGUCAACCUCAGUACUUUAUUUAGUGAGACAAACUGAAAUAGCAUGACCCGUUCGUACGUUUUCGUGAAAAUACGAUGAGAAAGGAUUAUUCACUACAUCUGUACGCUGUUUUACCGUAACAGGGCAGUAGAGCGUGUUAGAAAAUAUACUAAUUUUGAAUUUCGAACACCGAUUUGUUUGUCUAAAUCAUCUUAGCUAUAAAUGAGCUCAAGUAAGGGUCGGACUGCGUUCAGAGUGGGCGGAUAGUUCUGUAUGUCUAGUUAUCCGAUACCUUCGUGGCUAUAUCUCCGAGGCGAUGGGCUUGCAUGGUCGCUGCUUCGACAAACCGCGGCCGUCUGUCGAUUCCUAAUGUAGGAACACACAGGCCGAUAUAUAUUUUGUCGUUUUUUAACGGAUUUCCCUAUUCUGUACAAUGUAAGUGCAACUUUACAGCAUGUCCUAUAAAAUGUUCCUCUUGAGUUACGAAAACUAAUAACAUUUUCGGUAUCGUACCAAAACUUUAAAAAAAUAUAAACAAAAGUGACUCGGGCGUUCGUCCAAUGACAUAAUUCCACAGAUACGAAAUGUUGGCAGAAUGCGUGUUGAUUUUUUUGUUUACAUUGUUUUAAGAUCCACAUGGAAUUAUUAUUAGUGUCGCUUACGAAUGCUAUUCUUGUAAUACUCUUGAAAAUAAUUAAUUAUUAUACGAAAAAAUUGUGUAGCAUUCGUAAGUGAUUCUAAGAUUCUCCUAUAGACACUAUUGUUAAAAAAAUGUUAAAUUUGGGCGCAUUCCAAUUUGUUCUACAAAUUGUGUAUGGGAUAAAUAAAUAGGAUUGAAUUUGGGUGAAGUGUAAUUUCUAUAGAACUCGUAAUUCGAAUGCAUACAUGUACAAAAGGUACCGUGCCUUGAGAAAUGUUCUUUAUUUUUUGUAAAUGCUUUUAGACGGUGCGGUGUACUUACGUAAUUGACAUACUUACGGACCAGAGAACUUACCGCGAACUUCCUUCGUCGAUUGAGGUAGAUAACGAAAUUUCUACUUUCACGGUAAGCCCUCAGAUUGCGGACUGGACGCAAAUGACGCGCGGCGCGUCCAGCGGCAAAUAAGGACACUCAUACAUUGCACUGGACCAAAUAUAUGAACGGCCUGGAAUUGCCGCUCGCCGCGCGCCGCUUGUGUCCAGUCCGCAGCCUCGGUUUUGCUUGGAAGAAACAAUGUCCGUUUGAAUUUUACGUAAAUACGCCGCAAGGACGACGGACGGCGCGGUCGCUUUGCCAAGUGCCCUAAUCGCUUAAUUUCAACUAUUUACUGUAAGUAGAAACCCAAAGAAACAGUACGUACAGAUGUCAAAAUGUAAUGGAAAUAAAAUGUUUUCUUAAUGAA